AAAAAUAUAAAUAAAAAUCGAGUAAAAAUCUACUCCCUCAUUCUUCAAACAGUAAAAACAGCUCUUCCGGGAUUCCUACUUGAGCAUAUUCCACUCUUCCGUUUUUAAAUCGAGAGAGAGAGGCGGAGACUGACAGAAUGGAGAAAUCGGUGGCUUCCGAUCUGGUAGACUUUUUGAACGCUUCCCCCACUGCUUUUCACGCUGUUGAGGAGGCAAAAAGGCAAUUGAAGAAUGGUGGGUAUGAACAGAUUUCUGAGAAGGAAGAUUGGAAUUUACAAACCGGGAAGAAAUACUUUUUCACCAGGAAUUAUUCCACUAUCUUGGCUUUUGCUAUUGGCAAAAAAUAUGUUGCUGGAAAUGGAUGCCAUAUAAUUGGUGCUCAUACUGACAGUCCAUGUUUGAAACUAAAGCCUAUUUCUAAGGUGGCAAAAGGUGGUUACUUGCAAGUUGGUGUGCAAACAUAUGGAGGUGGUCUGUGGCAUACUUGGUUUGACCGAGACCUGACUGUUGCCGGAAGGAUGAUUAUUAAACAAGUGAAAGAUGACUCUGUAUCGUACACCCAUCGACUUGUUAAAAUCGAGGAGCCUAUUAUGCGAAUCCCAACCUUGGCAAUUCACCUAGACAGGGAUGUUAAUGAAGGAUUUAAGGUGAACAAACACAGCCAUCUUGUUCCUGUCUUGGCGACAUCAAUUAAGGCAGAGCUCAAUAAACCAGUUACCGAGAAAAGUGCCGUAGGUGGACUUCCUACUGACGGGAAAAACUCUCCUGAAAAACAUCAUUCGCUGCUUCUAGAACUUCUUGCGACUCAAGCUAGCUGCAAGCCAGAUGAGAUAUGUGAUUUUGAAUUGCAAGCAUGUGAUACUCAACCAAGUAUAAUAGCCGGUGCCAUGAAAGAAUUUAUAUUCUCAGGAAGACUUGACAACCUGUGCAUGUCAUUUUGCUCUUUAAAGGCAUUGAUAGACGCGUCUUCCGAAAGUAGUCUUGAAAAUGAGACUGGUGUAAGGAUUGUUGCACUGUUUGACCACGAGGAAGUUGGAUCAAAUUCAGCCCAAGGAGCUGGAUCUCCUGUUAUGUUGGACGCUCUUUCCCGAAUUACAAGUUCCUUUAGUUCUGAUUCUAAGCUACUGAAGAAAGCUAUACAGAGGAGUUUUAUAGUCUCCGCAGACAUGGCACAUGCAUUGCAUCCAAAUUACAUGGAAAAACAUGAAGAAAAUCAUCAGCCCAAAAUGCAUAGUGGGCUUGUGAUUAAACACAAUGCAAAUCAACGUUAUGCAACCAAUGCUGUCACUUCUUUCAUAUUCAGGGAAAUAGCACAGAAGCACAACCUUCCUAUUCAGGAUUUUGUGGUUCGCAAUGACAUGCCAUGUGGUUCGACUAUUGGUCCCAUUCUGGCAAGUGGUGUGGGAAUUCGUACCGUCGAUGUUGGAGGUCCCCAACUAUCUAUGCAUAGUAUAAGAGAGAUGUGUGCAGUGGAUGAUGUGAAGCAUUCUUAUGAACAUUUCAAGGCUUACUUUCAAGAAUUCUCGGCUAUUGAUGCUAAGAUUACGGUGGAUAAUUAAGCUGACCAACCAACUAGGAUGAAUUGUGUUUUCCAAGUCAAAACUGAAGCCUUGAUGUGCAAACUUUUAAAGGCUUUUAAAGUCAUUACUGUUGUAAUGGUGAUUGGAACGACGGAAUUAGCAGAAUGAAUAAUAGUUUUGGCUUGCUUGGUGUCAAGUCAAAAGUCAAAACCAUGAACCUGAAUGUCUAUGGAAAUGGUUUAUUUUCAGUUUCA